AUGUCUUAAUCGAGAUUUGAUGUUAAUGAAUAGGUUUAGAUUCCUAAUGGCGAUGCAAAAAGGGGAUAGCAGAUGUUUGAGUUUAAGUGUGGUGCUUGUCACAAUUUUGAAGAUGAUAAAUAAGAAUUAGCUGCACCAACAUUAAAAAAAAUUAUGGGGAAAAGAAUAGGAUCAACUCUGUUUCAUUACUCUAAAUCAAUGAGAAAUUGUAAUGAGACUUGGACUGAAAAAAACAUGUUUCUAUUUCUUAAAGAUCCAAAAGCUUAUUUUAGAGAUACUAAAAUGGCAUAAACAAAGAUUGCUAAUCCUUAAGAAAGAGCAGAUAUUAUUCAAUUCUUGAAGAGUUUGUGA